UAUCACAAUAUUUGCCUCUAUUCUUCAUUCAUUACACGGUCUUCCAACAACUGAUGUUUUUUCGAUAUCGAUUAAAAAUAAAAAAUAUGGAACAGGUCCAUUAUUUGAUUUACCAAGUAUACCAAAUGUACCAAUUGAUGAUGAUAACGAGAGUAUAAAUUUGGAAGAUUUUGGGUGGAAAUUAGGAGCAAUUGUAAUGUUGGUGCUAUUAGGUGGAAUCUUUGCUGGUCUUACAAUUGGACUUAUGGGUUUGGAUGAGACUAAUUUACAAGUAUUGAUGGUAGCAGGGGAACAUAAUGAAAGAAGACACGCUAAAAAAGUAUUGGACCUUUUACAAAAAGGAAAGCAUUGGGUGUUGGUUACUUUAUUGCUUUCAAAUGUUAUUGUCAAUGAAACUUUGCCGAUCAUCUUUGAUUCUGUAUUUGGUGGCGGAUGGCCUGCCGUGUUGAUUUCUACUGCACUGAUUGUUAUGUUCGGAGAAAUUAUCCCACAAGUAGCGUAUCCUAUUGCUGGUAUCUUGGACUUUUGUCUUGGCGAGCAACAUGGCACUAUGUAUCGGAAGUCAGGAAUUGAAAGUUUAAAUGAAGACGAAGUUCAAAUUAUUGGUGCAGUACUGGAUCUUCGUGAAAAACCUGUAUCAGCAAUAAUGACACCUCUUGAAGAUGUUUUUACAUUAAGUGCGGAUAAAGUUUUGAACGAACAAACUGUAGAUGAGAUUCUUUCGCGAGGUUAUUCUCGAAUUCCUGUAUAUGAACCACCUAAUCCAACUAAUUUCAUAGGCAUGCUUCUUGUUAAAAAAUUGAUUACUUAUGACCCUGAAGAUGCUUGGUCGGUCAGAGAUUUUCAACUAAGUUCAUUACCUGAAACUAAUCCAUAUACUAGUUGUUUAGACAUUUUGAAAUUUUUCCAGGAAGGCAGAAGUCAUAUGGCACUUGUCUCGGAAGAUCCAGGUGGUAAUGAAGGUGGUGCACUUGGUGUUGUAACACUUGAAGAUGUUAUUGAAGAAUUAAUUGGAGAGGAAAUUAUCGAUGAAACUGAUGUUUAUGUAGACGUACGUAAUAAAAUCAAAGUUGUACGCCUCCCACCGCGUCAAAUACGACCUAGAUUAUAUUAUUCAUUCCUUUCAAAACGUAGUAAUCAUGAUGAAAUCGAAGAAAGGCCGGAAUCAACAAAACCUCUUAUAAACACAAAUUAUAAGUCUACAGAUGAUGAUCAUGAAUUAGUUGGAUUUACAAAUGGAAUUCAUACUAAUAAAAAGGAGCCUUAG